AUGUCUGAUGCUGCCGCAGUCGCUGCUCCCAAGUCGCCAGCCAAGAAGGCUGUGAAGGCAAAGAAACCAGCCAAGCCUUCUCUCCAUCCGAAAUGCGCUGUCAUGAUUGUCGAGGCCGUCAAAGAGCUGAAGGAAAAGAAGGGGUCGUCAAGGUUUGCCAUCAAGAAGUACAUCGCAGCCAACUACAGCGGAGUCGACAUUGAGAAGCUGAACAAGCGCAUCAACGUUGCUCUUGCUGCUGCAACUCAGGAGGGAGGUGCUCUCGUCGCCGUCAAGGGAAGCUACAAGCUCAGUGCAACCGCCAAGAAGCCAGCACCGAAACCCAAGGUCGCGAAGAAACCAGCUGCCAAGAAACCAGCUGCCAAGAAACCAGCUACAAAGAAACCAGCUGCAAAGAAGCCUGCUGCCAAAAAGCCAGCGGCCAAGAAGACUCCAAAGAAGUCUCCAAAGAAAGCCAAGGCCGCUAAACCAAAGGCUGCUGCCAAGAAACCUGCUGCUGCGAAGAGUCCCCAAAAAAAGGUUGCCAAGAAACCAGCUGCUGCCAAGAAACCUGCCGCAAAACCGAAGGCCAAGAAGCCUGCCACCAAAAAAGCUGCCAAAGCCAAGAAGGCGUAA